UUACACGCACCUCGUUAACUUCAUUCGAGAAAAACAUCUCAGGGAUGAAAGUUUCACUCUCGACCCCCGUCCAACAGCCCAAACCGAGCUGCAAGAAUCCGCGUCGAUAUCACGUACAGUGUAAAAAAGUGAAACUGUGCUGUCCCGGGAUUGCCGGCGUCAACGCUCGUAGAAGAAACUCUCGUUUAAUUACGCCGCGACGAAAGGGUGGCGGCUCCUUGAGUCCGACGGAAGUGGCGCUGCGCCGCGCUGCCCGCGGCCACCGCGCGGUUGUUUCGCGCGACGAAAGCUUCCGGCUGACCGUCUUACGAGAGAUAAACGGAUCAUCGAUAAAAAGAGGCGUCCGUGUAUGACGGAAAAGCGAGAGGGAACGGAGCAAAAGAAGAGAAGGCACCAGUUACGCACAUAAUGUACGAGUCCUGAGGAGGAGCCGUUGGAGUCCCUUCCGGAGGCGUGACGCCGCGCCGCGCCACGGCACGACGUUGCGACUAUAAGUAAGUCUCGCGCGGCGCGCCGCGGUUUAAUGCCGCUGCCGCGUUCGUGGCGCCAAGAGGAGGGCCCAUUGGCGACGAUAAGCCUCCUUCGUGUCCGGCACGAACGGGAGAAAAAGAAACCGAUAGACAGAGAGAGAGUCAGGGAAAGAGGGGGAGCGUGUAUGUAUGAGAGAAAGAGAGAGUGAGAGAGAGAGUGAGAUGGAGAGAGAGGGAGAGAUAGAUACACGGAGAUAGACGCACAGCAGCCAGCUUUCACCCGCGUUUCAGCAGUGAACAUACGUGUAUAUACACGUAUACCCCGUUCGGGGUGUGGAUCGCGACAGUGUAGAUAAUACGUAGCUGUCAGUCGUGUCCGACCAGUGUCAGUCUAGAGUUAGUUAGUGGCGGUGAACGAGUGCCCGAGUGUUUCUAUCCGGAAUCGGAGUUUCAACCCUCCCCGCUCUCCCUUUCAACGCAACGUCUUGCGCGUUUCGUGCCUCUUCGUCCCCAACGCAGUUUGAUUCCAUUGAAAAAAGAAGAAUUUUGCGGUUCGAUAUUCAUCAGUGGGACGCGCCUAAAGUUUCGAUCUCCCGGAAUCUCUGGUACAUCGUAGUUGUCAGUGCUCGGAACGGGACGCGUCGAGAAGGGGGUAGUAGACGAUCCGGCUCGGCGAGUGCUCGUCGAAGAGCAGUUCGCGGGGCAGCCCGGUAGCUAAACGGUUAAAACGAGUGUGUCCAGUGUUCAGUGAUCGAGGGAUCGGCGAAAGGUGUUUGGGAUCGCAGGGGGUGCGCAUGGUUUCGUGUGGCCCGUGGAGAGGACAGGCCAGUUGACCAGCGCGGAUACUUGUGCGCCUGGUUUUGGAUGGUGAUCGCGGUUGCGUUUUGACCCUCUCUCGACGAACGACCAUGUCCGGGUUGCUUUAUACGCUCCUAGGGCUGGCGGCCAGCACGAGCCUCCAUUGCGCGGUGCGCCGCGAGAUAAGCCCGUGCACCUGCAGACAGGGAGGGUUCUCCGGUCCCGUUAUCAACCCAGCCACGUCCGCGGCCGCGGCCGCCGCUGCCGUCGCGAAUACCGCUAACAAUGCAGGCCACUACGCGCACGGGGAGCGGAUCGAGGUGGUGUGCGAACGUAUGGACUCGUUCGAGCAGGUCGCCGGAGCAUUAAGGGGCAAAUUCACCGCGGAGCAACAGAUCACGCUAAGGGUGUCGCACUCGAACCUGCGCGACAUAUCCCGCCACGAUUUCAAAGAGCUACGUAUGUCCAUCACGAAGCUCGAGCUGAACCAUGAUCAUCUGGGGAUCGUGGACGGCGACGUUUUCGCGGGUUUGGGGAGAACACAAUAUCUCAGUCUCGCGGAUAACGAAGUGCCGACUAUACCGAGGCACAUUCUGUCGCAUCUUUCGUUGCUGAGGACCUUAGACCUCAGCAGAAAUCGGAUAAGUCGCAUAGAUUCGGAUGACUUUAAGUACAAUCCGACGUUGCAGCACCUGUCGAUGGCUGGGAACGCGAUUUCGGAAAUGGUGCCGGGUUCGUUUCCGCCGUUGGUGAAGCAUCUUCACGUCGGUCGUAACCACUUACAGAGCUUGAAUCGGACUUUACGAGAUUUGAAUCAGCUGGAGUGGCUGCUAAUUAACGCGAACGAACUGACAUCCUUGGACGGUGAACUACCGUCCUCCGGUCAUAACUUGAAGAUGCUCUAUGCGGUAGACAACAAACUGACUCAUUUGCCAGCGGAAUUUCGUUAUCUGCAUCGCUUGGAGACUCUGUUCCUUCAACACAAUAAAAUUCGCAGCUUGGACGGCACGUUGCAGAAGGCUCGACGAUUGAAAUUCCUCGAACUCUCGUAUAACGACUUGCAAGAGUUGACAGAGGAGGAUUUCAUAGAGGCGGAGUUGCUGGAAGAUCUCGAGCUCGGGCACAACUCUUUAAAAUCGUUGGGCGGUACGGUUGGCAGCAAUGGCGAUGGAAAUGGGGGCAACAGUGUCCUUUACCCUCUCAGGUCGCUGAAGAGUUUAAACUUGACGCACAACGAGCUCCGCGAGUUCUCCUUUGCGUCGCUUCGUGGUUUGCGCGAGCUACGAAUGCUCGAUCUCUCGAACAAUAGAAUCGGACGGCUUCACAUGUUUUGCUCAUACUCACAGAAUUUAGUGGAAGAAGAAGGAGAGGAAACGGCUGGCGGCAACAUACAGGACAUGCGUCUUCAGCACAACGAGUUACGGAGCUUGGACGGUUCGUUAUUUCUGGGGAUGAAGGAGCUGCAAAGGCUGAAUCUCAGCCAUAACGCGCUGGGACCGACGAUCGGGCCACGCGAUCUACGGGGUCUCGACGGACUCAAAGUCCUCGAUCUCUCUCACAACGAGCUCACAACUCUCGAAGAUACAUCAGAGACAUGGCUACCGUCUCUGGAGGAGCUAAACGUGGCGAACAAUCGGUUGGUGACACUGUCUGAGAGGGACUUCCGUGGUUUCCCGGUUCUCUGCUGGGCGGACGUCAGCGCGAAUCGGAUACGCAGCCUGAUGCCGGAACUGGUGAUGAACACACGUUGCACCGUUCACGGAGUUCAGGAUGUACUGCGUAUAUAUCUUCAAGACAAUCCAAUGCUUUGCGACCCAGGACUGGCCGACUUGACCGUGGCUCUCGAAGUGAAUCACGCGAAGGUCUACGGAGUGGCGGACGAUUGCCCGACGAUCGCUACGAUGCCAACGGAGCAGACGUCACCUUUUCCGCCGUUACCAGCGACGUUGCUGUUGGCCGCGGCGGCAGCCGCUUCCGGCGGGAACGUCUCAUUCGCCGCAACCCUCGAAUAGGUGCAUCGGAAUCGUGAAGGAUUGCAACCGAUCGUCCCGUGGGAACGGCGCUUGAAGCAGCAGGAGAGACAUGAGAGACCGUGAGGGUGUUUAUUCAUAUUUGUAACCACCGGCCGUGCAACGGAAAAACUAAACAGCCACGAACUGACCGGCGCGCCUGAGCGUGGGCCGGAAGUGCGCGGACUCGGCCGGCCGCGGUGUCACGGUGCAACCUCGCUCCGAGUUCGACGCGGACGUUUUAGUUCGUUCGUUGAAUCGCGUGAAUCCCCGACGGGUUAUGUCCCGGAAACAUAAAACGGAAGGCAGCAUAAA